AUGAUUGAGUUAACAAAUGUAGGUCUCCCUAGUCUCCUUCCUACCUCAAUUUCUAAUUGUUAUAAUAAAGAUGCAUGUACUCAAAGGGAGGUUCUCCUGGCUGCAGCUCCAUAUCUUCCUCUUCUCACGUUAUCACUACGUCUCUUGUACACAAAUGCACCAAAACCGAGCAGCCCUACCCCGAUUAGCACUCCGAAAACUAUCCCCGCCUUCUGUCCACCACUCAGUCCUUUCGACCUUUUUGGUGGUGGUCCUCCUGGAGGUGUUAUGUCAUGUGGCGGCGGUAACUUAGGUGUUGGGGGUGCUGUUGGGGGUGCUGUUGGGGGUGCUGUUGGGGGUGCUGCCGGUGGUGCUGCUGGGGGUGCUGUUGGGGGUGCUGCCGGUGGUGCUGCUGGGGGUGCUGCUGGGGGUGCUGCCGGGGGUGCUGCCGGUGGUGCUGCUGGGGGUGCUGCCGGGGGUGCUGCCGGGGGUGCUGCUGGGGGUGCUGCCGGGGGUGCUGCCGGUGGUGCUGCCGGGGGUGCUGCUGGGGGUGCUGCCGGUGGUGCUGCUGGGGGUGCUGCCGGGACUUGUGCCGUGAAUCCACUAACUUGGUAG